CCAUGCCCUAUAUAACUGCAAAUCCCAUUCCAGCCCAAGUUAAUUACAGAUAAAGAAAUCUCAGAAAACCGAUAACGCCAUGAAGAAGACUGCUUCAUCGUCGUCUUUGGGACCGGGAGGCCUGGACAUAGCGCAGGCCUUCUUCAAGCCAAUCAAGGACACGGCGCCUCCGUCGCUCAACAAGCGGCAGACCAAGAUCUCCGUCGUCGGCGUCGGAAACGUCGGCAUGGCCAUCGCCCAGACCAUCCUGACCCAGGGCCUGGCCGACGAGCUCGCCCUCGUCGACAUUGACCCCAACAAGCUCCGUGGUGAGAUGCUCGACCUGCAGCACGCCGCCGCUUUCCUUCCCCGCACCAGCAUCCUGGCCUCCGCCGACUACUCCGUCACUGCAGACUCCGACCUCUGCAUUGUCACCGCCGGCGCCCGGCAGAACCCCGGCGAGUCCAGGCUCGGCCUUCUGCAGAGGAACGUGGCUCUCUUCUCGAAGAUUGUGCCGCCUCUGGCCCGGUACUCGCCGGAGACGAUCUUGCUGAUUGUUUCGAAUCCGGUGGAUGUGCUGACGUACGUGGCCUGGAAGCUUUCGGGGUUUCCUUCCAACCGGGUCAUCGGCUCCGGCACCAAUCUCGAUUCCUCGAGGUUUCGCUUCCUCAUUGCCGAUCAUCUUGAUGUCAAUGCUCAGGACGUACAGGCGUACAUUGUCGGCGAGCACGGUGACAGCUCGGUGGCGCUGUGGUCCAGCAUCAGCGUGGGCGGAGUGCCGGUUUUGAGCUUCUUAGAGAGGGAGCAGAUCACCUACGAGAAGGCCACAUUGGAGCAAAUUCACAAACAGGUGGUCGACGGUGCGUACGAAGUCAUCAGCCUUAAAGGUUACACUUGCUGGGCAAUUGGGUACUCAGUCGCCAGCCUCGCCCGAGCCAUCCUCCGGGACCAACGCCGGAUCCACCCCGUCUCCGUCCUCGCCAAAGGGCUUUACGGCAUCGACGCCGGCGACGUCUUCCUCAGCUUGCCGGCGCAGCUCGGAAGGAGCGGCGUAAUGGGCGUCACCAACGUUCAUCUCACUGAAGAGGAGGCGACGCGGCUCAGGCACUCCGCCGCCACGCUCCACGAGUUGCAGAGCCAGUUGGGCGUUUGAAGGUGAUCACUAUUGCGGGCAUUUAUUAUGAAUAAUUUGUUUAACUUAAUCUGAUCACUUGUUUGGCGAAGUUGGAUAACAGCGAUAUGCAAUUAAGAUUUUAAGCAGACUAGUUUGCAGCUCUUAUAUAAGGGAAUAACUUAAUUUAUUUGCGGGUUUAAA